GGGUCGCCAUGGAAGCCGCUUGGAGAAGGCGGGGGUGGGCGCGGAAUUUCUGGGCUGCCAGAACUGACAGCCACAUCCUGCGUGCCUUCGCCACCUAGAAAUAUUUUGACCGCAGCCUUAUGCCUCCUUGGAUCCCUUUCUUCCCUUUCUCCCCUAGCGAUGCAGCAGAUUUGGUUUUCUGGUUGUGUGUGUGUGUGUGUGUGUGUUAAAGUCUGCACCUUUUCCAAUUCGACCAGUUUCCAUUGUGUCCUUGACUAUCUUUAAAAAUUACCCCCUAAUUCCAUAAGAUUUUGUCCUGAAUGUGUGGGGUUUGAUGUUGUUGCGCCUGCAUGGGAGGACCCUGCCCGUGGAGAAAAUGGUUCACUCUGGUCCCCAUCCCUUUUCCAGGCUUGCUAUUGUGCGCCCGUGAUCGACAAGACCACGAGGCUGAGAGCGCCCGGAAGAUUUUUCUGUAAAUGGCUUAAAGCCCUAGUCCAGACUAUUUUCUCGGAUAAAAGGGAGACAAUUACCUUCUUGUUCUUUGCUGGUGAACUCUGGCUUCUGUAAGAAUUUAACCAGUCUGCCCAGAGCCAGCAGAGGAGGACAAAAACCGCCACGACCUCCGGCAGGGCAGAGAGGGAAGCGCAGCCCGCGCAGGACGGACGCUCUCUCUGGGGGCUCGUGCCCGGGUGUUUGAUCCUCCGUUUCCUGUUUGCUUGGGGACCCGAGCGGAGCGAAGGGUGUGAUGGACUGCAAUAACGGAUGCUCCGCAGAGUGCACCGGAGGAGGACCAAAAGAGGCGGUGGAGACAUUUAAGGCUAAAGAUCUAAUAAUCACACCAGCCACCACUUUCAAGGAAAAACCAGACCCCAGUACUCUGGUUUUUGGAACGGUUUUCACGGAUCACAUGUUGACCGUGGAGUGGUCCUCAGAGUUUGGAUGGGAGAAACCACAUAUCAAGCCUCUUCAAAACCUGUCGUUGCAUCCAGGCUCAUCGACUUUCCAUUAUGCAGUGGAAUUAUUUGAAGGAUUGAAGGCAUUUCGGGGAGUGGAUAAUAAAAUUCGACUCUUUCGGCCAAACCUCAACAUGGACCGAAUGUACAGUUCUGCUAUGAGGGCAACCUUGCCGGCAUUUGACAAGCAAGAGCUUUUAGAGUGUAUUCGGCAGCUUGUGAAGGUGGAUCAAGAGUGGGUCCCCUAUUCAACAUCUGCUAGUCUGUAUAUUCGUCCUACAUUCAUUGGAACUGAGCCUUCUCUGGGAAUCAAGAAGCCUACCAAAGCCCUGCUCUUUGUAAUCUUGAGCCCAGUGGGACCUUAUUUUUCAAGCGGAAGCUUUAAUCCAGUGUCCCUGUGGGCCAAUCCGAAGUUUGUAAGAGCCUGGAAAGGUGGAACUGGGGACUGCAAGAUGGGAGGGAAUUAUGGCUCGUCUCUUUUUGCCCAGUGUGAAGCAGUGGAUAACGGGUGCCAGCAGGUUCUGUGGCUUUAUGGAGAGGAUAAUCAGAUAACUGAAGUUGGAACUAUGAAUCUUUUUCUUUACUGGAUAAAUGAAGAUGGAGAAGAAGAACUGGUCACUCCUCCGCUAGAUGGCAUCAUUCUCCCAGGAGUGACGAGGCAGAGCAUCCUGGACCUGACACACAAGUGGGGGGAGUUUAAGGUGUCAGAGCGGUACCUCACCAUGCACGACCUGACCACAGCCGUGGAGGAGAGCCGGGUGAGGGAGAUGUUUGGUUCGGGUACCGCCUGCGUCGUUUGCCCGGUGUCGGACAUUCUGUACAAGGGUGAGACUAUACACAUUCCAACCAUGGAAAAUGGUCCUAAGCUUGCAAGCCGCAUCUUGGACAAAUUGACUGAUAUUCAGUACGGAAGAGAGGAGAGCGACUGGACAAUCCUCAUAUCCUGAAUGGAGAGAAACAGGGUAUCGUAACAGGGGGCAGACUGUUGCAUUUGAAUUAUGAGGAAUUUCUUCGGCCAUCUUUUUUCAGUUGUGCAUCAUGUAGUUUGUGUUCUCAGUGUUACCAGGGUGACGGUUUCCUCAUGCCAGAGAAAAUGAAUUGCCUUCAUCCAAUGGUGUUUUAUAGACUUGCUCGUAGAAGCUUACCUUACCAUCACUAGAAAGUAGAGGCAGAGAGUGUUCCUCCGUCAUCUUGGUGCCUCCCUUAGUACUUCACCCAGAUAAAAAGAUGUUUAUUUUGUAGCAUAACUUAUGUUCUGCUCCUCAACCAAAGGAGUCUUUUUGUGUUGGAAAGCUGAUCUGAGUAAAUUUCACGGGUGAACCAUUUCCUGUGACACAUCCUUCGAAAAUGUUUUUGUUUUUUGUUUUUUGUUUUUUGUUUUUUUUUUAAAUCAUGACUUUGAGAAAUUAGAUUUCCUCCCCUCAUAUUUCCUUCCAGGCUCCCCCUAAGUCCUCCUGAAGGUAAAUGUCAUCCUCCUUCCUGAUGCCACAGUCUGCGCCAAGCUCUCCGUGUGCAUCCGUAGGGGCCACCACUGUCCUCUCCACGUGUGUUGUAAUCAGUCGGCUGUCAGGUUUCCCUGCGAGACUGAGGGGCUGGUGCCUUCUAGAUCUUUGUAUCCCUCCCUGCCAGGCACAUCAUAAGGAAUGAAUGAACAUUUACCUUCUAUAGAAGUGUACCUUCUUUGUUUCUAUACUACGAAACCUCUGUUAGAAUACACGAUUGAUUCUGAGUUUGUCUCUAUGUACCUCAUAUCUUUAUUUUCCGUGGACUCCUAAGUCGUUAGAGAUACUCAGAGUCAUAGUUUGUGGAAGGAAUUAUUUCUUAUUUGAAGACUGUCUUGGAAUUGAAAUAAUAGCUCUCGAGAGGUCAUGAUACUGAACCAACCAAAUGGAAAAUGUUAAGUACAUAUCUGUUAAGUGUUAAAUACAAAAUAAAUCAUCAUAUUUAGUUUUUUUUUUUUUUUCUUCUUUUGGUAAAAAGCAAAGAGGUAUGUGCUCUGGUUUUUGUACUUUGGUUUUAUAGGUGCUCGUUUCUGUUGAAUGGGGAUUGAAGCAGCACGUGGUUAGGGGACAGGGAAAGCAAUUAGAGAUGAUAUUUUCCUUGUUUAGGAGCUGUGAGUGAAAAAAUUGGAUCCUGGUUUAUCUAGGGGAAAGUCAAAUCUUGAUAGAAAACAUUUACCCUUGGAAGGUCGACUCUCAGACAUUAUAUUUUAGUUUCCUUCAGUCGUAAUAACUUUCAUCUUGCUGAUCAUAUUUCAUUCUCUUUUCAGAGCAAGGAAAAAAAUUCUAAAAGUUUGACGUGCUGGAAAAAUUUCCUUGAGGCAUUAAGCAGCACACAGCAAAUGGGGCUUUGAUUUUUUUCCAAGACUUUUGGCCAUGGGGUCUUUUUAGAUAGGAAUGGCAAAAUGAAAAUGAGGGAAGUAUAAGAUGAAAAGGAAUGGUAAAAAUAUCUUUUAGGGGACUUUUGAUUGGUGAUAUGAAGUCUUAGGAGAGUCUGUUCUUUUCUGGCCUGAAGUAUUUUCACUGUCCUCUGCACACGCUCACCAAGUAGUGUUCUAAGGGUAUGCGUUUGCCGUGGCUAAAUCUGUGACCUCGUUUUCAGUAUUGUAGUCUAGAAAAGACUUCAGGUAUAAUUCUUAUCUGUCAAGUAGCAUACAAUAACCAGACUCACAUUCCUAUGAGAAAUGGAAAUCAUUCGUUUGCCACAAAUACAUUUUAUACUUUACAUCUCUAAAUUUAGUAUGGCGAGACAUGUUCGUUGUAAAAGUUGGAGAACAGUAUGUCUUGACAUUAUGUCUCUGAUUUCUUUCAACAAACCUUAGGAGCCUUUUAAGCCCUUUCUACCAGACUGAAUCAAGAUGAAGGAUGUACAUUUUUUAAAAAGCUGAAGGUCCCCUAAACUGGAGAACACAAUCUGUCAUUCUCGUUUAAGUAAUAAGGCAGGAAAUUGACCUUGACACUAACUUGUUAAAUAGAUUUAAAAGGAACAUCUGCACAUCUUUUUUUCUUGUGCACUAUUUGUUUAAUUGCAGUGGAUUAAUACAGCAAGAGUGGCAGAUUAUAACCAGGCAAUUAUCCAUUCUUCGAGACUUGGUUAUCGUAACACUAAUUGAUCAUUUAAGGCGUAAGAUAGUCUAGCAUUAGGAACAUGUGAGGCUAAUCUGCUCAAAAAGAUCAACAAAUUAAUAUUGUUGCUGAUAUUUGCAUAAUUGGCUGCAAUUAUUUAAUGUUUAAUUGGGUUGAUCAAAUGAGAUUCAGCAUUCACAUGUGCAUGAAUAUAAACAGAACUGGUGGCACUUAAAAUGAUAAUGAUUAACUUAUUUUGCAUGUUCCCUUCCUCCCACUUUUUUUUUUUUUUCAGUUUUUACAUUUCAGACCAAGUUUGUCAGCCUUUUUCAAAACACGUUAGUAGAACCAAGGUUUUAACAUGAACCGUUCAGGCACUGGACAAAAACCUGAGCACUUCCUAAAGAUGUUUCCGAAAGCUAUUUGCUAUUAGCAGUUUUCUUUCUUCCAGUCACUUAUCAAGGACUCAACUCACGACACACCAAAAGAAAAGCCCAUUUCACGGAUGUGUAUCAUGCUCCCCAGGCCCUGCAGCUGCCAGGAGUGAAUAAACUAAUAAUGUCUGUUUUAGCCUUUGCUUUCAAAAGUACAAAGGAAAAGAGAAAGAGGAAUGCAUGGCUAAGAAGCCUUGUUAGGGAAUCUCUGUUUUUCCUACAUCUUCUGUUUUCUCAAAAGAUUGUCACAAGUAAAACGAUCAGAGGCAGCAGGAAGAUAGUGCAGCGUAACACCAAGUAUAUGACUUGACGGGUUCAGCCCUCCUGAGGACACGAGAAUUUAUACACCCUGGGUUAGAAUUGCUCAUGUCAGUUUUGUUACUUGAUAUAAUUGUGCCCAAACACGCAGUCUUAGCUUUGCUCAAACCAUGCACUCUUGGACACUUGAAGGCAAUUAAUGAGUAUAUCUUGGUCAAAAGACUUGUCGGAGUCUUUUAUUAAAGCUACAGUUUCAGCUCUGCUUUAGGGAGUUUGUGCUGUAAAACCAGCUGCCAACACAAGCUUAUUUCUUUUUCCCGUUCCCACUCAGUGCCCAAUCACUGUAUUCUUUUUCCUUAAAAAGUUCCUUUUUAGAAUUAUAUGUUCAGUUUACCCUUAUGAUUGGGAAGAAUGUAUUUGAAGCAGAAAAUGACAGCAUUCGUUCACUUUCAAUGAAUGAUAUUUUCUAGUACUUAGAGCAAUAAAUAUUCAUGGGAUGCACUACAGCUUAGACAGGGGUUAGAGAAACACUGGAAGGAGAAUCCCUGAUUUCAUGUCCUGAUUCUCAGUAUGAUCAAAGAAUGACUUCCUUGUAAUGUGCAUUUCUUCAGUGGAUAUGUGAAAAUUUGUUAAUAAAUAGUAAUCCUGGCAAGUAAUUUUUGUAGGUACUUUAUAACACCCAUCACUUUGUUUUGCCACAAGUAGAAUGUGUUCAACUGUUUUCAAAAUAUCUGCCCUUGCAAAAGGAGGCAAAGAGUACCACCCUUUCAUUAAGUGUUAUUUAUUAAUUGACAAAGAACAUAGAGAUCAUAGUUAAUUUGAUCAGUUAACUUGGUAAGUGUAGAGUGAGUACCCACAAAUCUGUGUCCAACACAACGCACACAGUAGGGAUUAGGAAGUUAGUUUUAGGAAAUAAACAGUAGGUAGACAUUACCCUCAUGGAGUUUUCACUCCUACUUAAACCAAGUUUUAGAUAGAAAAGCAGUAUUUAAUGUAGUUAGAUAAUAAGACAAAGGCUAGAGCACAUCUGUAUUCAAGAAAUCACAACGAACAUUUUCAUCUCAUUUUAAAAAAAGUGUCCUUUUUUCCAUUCCCUUCUUUCCUCCCCUGCAAAACUACUGAGUAGGUUAGCAUUGAGGGGUUGUUGGUGUGAAUUACCUCCUGGUUUACUGCUCACUGCAAACCUGGUACGUUCGUUCACCGUUCUUUUGGAGCAAUGUUAAGUUGUCAUAGUACAAAUAACAAAAGAACACCUCAAAUGACAGCAUUCUUGCUGAUCUUCUUAAACUCAAAGUCAAGUAGUAUUGAAAUGAACAAAAUGUCCCUAGAGUGAGUUUUUCUGGGAAUUGUCAUUUAUGACUCAAACUGUUUAGACUGUUAGCUUGAAAAUGAUGGAUGCAGCUACUCAGAAAAUAGCAGGUGAAAACUAACGUUAGCAGUUUUUCACAGUUUGAGGUUUCAAAAGAAAGGCCAUUUAAAGAAUUGCAAAGAGAUUCUUUCCUAUCAUUGCCAAAAAGCUCCUUUAAAAAUACAAAGGUAGAAGAAAGCGGUUUUUCAUUUUCUGCAUCCAUGCCGUAGUAAAAGACUUCUCAGGUAUUAAUUUGAGGAGGUGAUAAAGAAACAUCAACAGAAUAUAGAAGUGUUUGUGGGUAAAUAAUCCCCUGGGAUCAGAUAUACGUAAACAUAUUUGCUCAAGUGAAUGAUAAAGGCAUGAAAUCCAGUCUUUGGAAAUGAGGUGGUCUUUGAAACCUACCGGAUAUAUGUAUCAAAGUUUUAAGUAAUCUUUGUAUCCUUUCUUCUGAAAGUAUAUUUUUCAUACCACAGUAGUCUGAUGAACAAGGCCUAAGACUUGGGUUUUACAGUGUUCUAUCUAUGGAAUCCACUGUUGGGAUGGUAAAAAUUAUGAGCUGUGAUGUAGGAAUGAAUUAAAAUGUUGAUUUUGGAGAGAGGGCAUAGCUCAAUUGGUAGAGCACAUGUUUAGCAUGCACGAGGUCCUGGGUUCAAUCCCCAGUACCUCCUCUAAAAAUAAAUAAUAAACCUAAUUACUUCCCGCCCC